GAAUACUGAGUGGGAGUGGGCAGAGGCAAGUGGUGAGCGCCGGCCCGCCGGGAUGAACGGCGAAGCGGCAAAACCAAGGAGCCCAGGUCGCCCGACGCAGGCGCAGGCAGAGUCAGACUGUGGCUGGGCUGCGAGGCUGCGAGGCUGCGAGGCUUGCGAGGCGCGAGACGGUCAUCCCGACCUUGUCAUUGUUGCUAUCUCUCCCUCCAUUCCAAUCAGCUCAACAGAGACAACAGUGUAUCAUCGCACCCCCUAUUCUUUGGUACAGACAAAACACCUCAGACCAUACGAUGGAGCCAUCCGAUCCUGCAAUCGAGAUCUCACAAUAGAGCUACGUGGUCCUUUGAGACCAGUCACCACCGACAUCAGCACCGGCAACAACGCCGCCAUCAUCAUCAACUCCCUUGUUCCCCGUUUACCCACCCUCAUCUAGCAGCAUCAUCAGCAUUUCUUUGCCGAUAUGGCAUCGUCUCCUAUCCCAUCUUCAUCAAAGAAGCCGCCGCCGCCGCCCUCGGCAGAGGAGGGCAGCGCCUAUGGUUGCUCGGCGUCGUCAUCCUCUUCAUCCAUUUAUCAUCACCCCUUUUCCAGCUUCAACUUCGACGCCUUUCACGAAGCCGCUGUAGCUUCCGACAAGGAGAGGGAUGAUAACGGCCAUACCUCGUCUCGCGAUGAGCAGCGCCUCUCAGCUCGCUUUGGCGGCCUGUCCAUCUCGCCCAAGGAUCAUCAUCAUGUGCAGCAUCGUCCCGGCAGCAGCAGAGAGGAAUCGUCAUCCCCCAAUGUUCCUCCAAGCCCUGCAACGAGCUACGCAGAGAGCACGCACAGUAUGGAAGAGUACGAGAUGGAUUCGCCAAGCAGUCUGAGCAGCUGGAACUCCUUCAUGAGCGGACAUCGAGGCGACUUGGCAGAUGUCGAGGAUCUCGAGCUGGGUGAGCCGGAACUUGAGACCGUCUCAGAAGUCGACGAGGACGCAGGCAACAACACGUCAGCGCUUCCUCCUCGCUUUGGGCAAGAAUCUGAAGACGAUGAGAAGAGGCAUGAUCAUCGACAGCAGUCGCACAAUUUUGGUGACAGCCUCGCUCGCCGACGGACAGUGACUCAACAUUCGCAGGCGCCGCCAUUGUCUCACUUUUCGCCUCGAACUGGUGGUCACGGCCUUUCGCAUCAUUCGAGAUGGACGUCACGUACGCCUGCAAGUCUGGCUGCUCGAAGACGCAAGGGGCGCAUUGCAGAGCUGGCCGAGGAAGGUGGUGGGACAGAAGCUCAUGGCAUACACUCGACCAAUCUCGGAGCAGCCGUGGCAGCCAACGAUCGCUCUAAUUCGAGUAGCGGCAGUAGCAGCCCUACGUCGCUCCUCGCUCCUCAGCAAUCCCAGCGCUGCGAGCACCCCUAUCCUGGCACGCCGCCAUCGACGCAGUGGUCCGACUUCACAGGCCCUCCGGCACCUCCAAUCAGACCAAUCUCACCUAGUGAGACGGUGCCUGCCGUACCAAGUCCACUGUGCGAAUGUAUCAGCGCCGAAGCUCAAGCAGCUGCGGAUCAAGUCACACCCACGUCCUCCGUCAUCAAGUCACAGUCGCACACGGCAGAUCAGACGCAGCCUCAGCCUCAACCGCCGAGCCCACUUCCUGCUCCUUUGCCACGUCGAGGCGUCUUCGACAGCGUGACGCAGCAAGACCUGACGCGCAGCAAUGAAAGGACAUCGCCUCCUAGUCCAUCAUCGACCCACACGGGCAGGACGACUGCGAGCAGUAGCGCAACGGAUGGCGUGCCGGCCCCCUCUUCACCCGACACCACGCCGCCAACGUCGCCCGUCCAGGAGCUGAAGCGCAAGACCUCGACAAGCGGCAGGGCUCGCCGUGCCUCGUCCCCGCCUCGCCCGCACCACACCAAGGUGCCCCUCCGGCCCUGCUUCUCGCGCCGAAACUCAACGCAGACGGGCUCGUCCUCCGCUUCAGAGCAGGAUGGUGGCUCGCCGCGUGGACGCUGCCAUGUUCGCUUCUCACCCGCCCCACCGCAGACGAUCCGCACCCAUUCCCCCGUCGACUAUGAUCGAUCUUCAUGCCCUAUCAACAAUCGGCUGAGCCUCAAGGAUGUCGAAGAGCUUCAGGGACUGGAGAUGGACAUGGGCCUCCUCUCAGCCAAGUGCAGCGCUAUUGCCGCCAUCACAAGCUGCAAGUUGCCCGGAGGAGGCAAUAAGAAUUCGAUUAGCGAGCCGGCUUCUCCAGCUGAGCCGACUGACGCUGUUCGCACCGCCUCUACCACAUCGCCGUCCACAUCGGCGCCCACCAGCAUCUACGACACGGACGGCUCAGGUCGACCUCGUCGCGAUUCGACGGGCGGCUUUGCGCACCAUAUUGGUGGCGGCAUCGCGGGUAAGAGCCAAAAUGCAGGACGUGCAAUGGCAUCCUGCUCUUCUUCCCCUUCCCAGAGCGGCGCUGGCGGCGAUGGCAGUCAGGUCAGUCCUGCCGACUUCCUUCGAGCACAACGUGAGAAGGAACGCGAGCGUGCCUGCCGCAUGGCUGGAAUUGGUACUGGGCUAGGAGGCCGCAACCUGGGACGCGGUGUCCGCGGGCAGGCCACAAAUCCGCUUAUUGCCCGCUUCGGUCUGACUGCUCCACCACCACCGUUACCUGGCUGCCCGAGAUCUGCGGCCGCGGCUGCGACUUCGUCCUUCAGCGGUGGCGAGGCGCCGAUGCCCUCCUCGUCAUCCUCCUCCGCCCUGCCGACAAAGGCUUGGUUCGCCGAAAUGGAGGAAAGGCGUGGCCGACAAGCGGCAGACGACGGGUAUGCCACGCCCCCUUCAUCCUCGCGACCGGACUCUCAGCUUUCUGAUCACGAUCGAACCCUCUCGCCUCCCGUGCAACGCCGCGCUGCUGGUCGUGGCGGUGGAAGUGCAGCUCCAAUUGGUGGGCGAGCUUCGUCGCUGCAUCGUACGGAUAGCGAGGAGCGAGCCAUCUCCCGCACUCGUCUCGUGCAGUGCGCAAGCAAUAGCGACCUUGAAGCGGAUCUCGAGCGGGAUCGGGGGCGAUCGCGCGGGGCAGCUGUAAGCAGACCACCUCUACCCGGCGCGACUCCCGCGAAGACGACGCCAGCCGCACCUGCUCUAACGCACACCAGCCCCAGCCCGCCCGAAUCGCCUCGCCUCACCUCUUCGCUGGUCACCAUGGAAGAGCCGUAUGACCCUGCUCCUGCGUCCUCCUCUGCUUUCUACCAACGGUUGAGCUCGCGAUCCCCUUCCGUCUCGCCUGCCUUGACGCCGACGGACGACGGAAACGGGAGCGACAUCACCACGUCUGCUGCCUCAUCGGCAGCACCCGCCAUAGGCGAGAUCGACUCGACGGACCGGGCGGCCUCCUCCCCCUCAUCCGAGCUUCUCCUCUCCACCUCCCCAAUGAAGACUCCCCUCGCCACGGACAGGGCGAGGUACAAAGCCUCGCGUACGCCUUCUGACACCCGUUCUGCGCAAUUGAGUCCAGCGAGCGCUCUUCUCACUCCGUCGAGCAGGUCACCACCCUCUUCUACGACCUCGUCGCCGGGAUACUUCGACUGGCGACCGAGCAGCGGGAAUGGUACGCCGAAGGUCCAACGCCAAAGUAGCGGGUCGAGAGGGCGAGGCAGUGCACGCCCGGCAUGUGGGUACGACUCGCCGGGCUCGGCGUACGAGAGCGGGAGUGAGUUCGAUCUCCUUGGGGGAUGAGCGCAGCACCGGCCACCCUACGGACCUACGGACCUUUGUCCUUUGCUUCAGAGCCAGCACUACCGGACGAUAUAUACGUACGUCACCUUCCUCUUCAGCAUCCUCAUCAUCUUUCUGUCUCUUUCUCUUUAAUAUUCCCCCCUUCGUCCCACUCCAGCCCCCACGCCCGCUGUAUUAUAUCCGCUUUGCGUUGCCUCUGAUCCCUUUGAAUCCAAAAACCAAUGUCACUGUCGCA